AUGUCUACGCUCGAGCAGCAGGCGAAGGCACCGCAAGAUGUACGCAAUGUUGUCAACUUCUUGCGGUCCAGCAAAGCUGGCAUGAAAAUACGCGUCGGAGUGCUCAACGGAAAGCGGAUAGAUUACUUCAAGGGGAAGGGCGCCAUCAAAGCUCUGCUAUCCCCCGCCUAUGCCAAAUUAAAAAACGUACCAAAAGUCACCUCGGAACAAGAAGCAGCACAACUACUGCACAGUAUCAUUCCCUUCGCCUUUUUCCUGAAGGUGGAGAGGGGACAGCCUUCCGGCUCCUCGGCCUCGUCUCCUAAGCAGGUUCAGAUCGUGCAGAUGCAGCAGUUCCAGCUGGCUUCCGCGUCGUCGGACUAUUACGCAUGGUUUUACGAAGGCUCACAGUGGACGACUUAUGCGGGUGGUGUCGCGAUGGUUGUCGUCAUGCUAGCGGGUGUCAUGUUCCCCCUUUGGCCAGCGAGCAUGCGAUUGGGUGUUUGGUACCUCAGCAUGGGUGUACUAGGCCUCAUCGGGCUGUUCUUCGUGAUAGCCAUCCUGCGACUCGUCUUCUACAUCAUCACCAUCAUCGUAACACCACCCGGCAUCUGGAUAUUUCCGAAGCUCUUCGCCGACGUCGGCUUCGUGGAAUCAUUUAUUCCACUGUGGGAGUGGGACCUGCCCAAGAAGAAGGGGAAGAAGAAGAAGGUCGACAAGGGCAAGGGAAAAGCGCCCGCUGAGCCUGCGACCGGUGGCGCCAAGAUUGAGGAGGUCGUUGACUCAGGGGAAGGCGAAUCACGACCAAACAGCCGUUCAGCAACGAUAGAGGAUGUGCCUGAUGAAGAGUAG